AUGACGAUAAAUACACUAUGUCCGAUGGCGAUACGAUAUGCUGUUAUAAAUAUUUCACAAAAUGUGCAAAUUCAAUAUUGUUUACGAAGGAAUAUCAGCAUGAACAACUUCAGCUUAUCUGUAAAUACAACAGUCGAUAAAGAAGAUGUGAAAAGACACAGCAAACACAUGAAGGUCUGGUGGGAUCCCAAAGGCAAGAUGGGAGCACUUCAUUCUUUUAAUAUGCUAAGAGUUCCAUUAGUAAGAGAUGGUCUUGUUAGUGAGCCAGAGAAGGAUAAAACUCUUACACCUUUGGCCAAUAAGACUAUUUUAGAUGUUGGCUGUGGUGGAGGAAUAUUAUCAGAGGCUUUGGCCAGAAUAGGCGGCUUCGUUACGGGAGUGGACGCCAGCGAACAGUUAAUCGAGUGCGCCAAACAACACAGUGACCUCGACGAGAAGAUUGCCCACAAUAAGCCCACAUACUUCUGCUCCACCAUCGAGGACCACGCCGAGGAAUACCCGAACCACUACGACGCGGUGGUGGCCUCUGAGAUCAUCGAGCACGUGGCCGACAAAGAGCUCUUCGUGCGCGCCUGCGUGGCCUGCCUCAAGCCAGGAGGCCGCAUCUUCAUCACCACGCCCAAUAGGAGCCUCUGGACCCGGCUGCUGGGCAUCUACGUGUCCGAGUACGUGCUGGGCACCUUGCCCAAGGGCACACAUCAGUACCACAAGCUCACCACGCCUAACGAGGUCUCCUUUCUGCUCGAGAGAAAUUGCUGUCAAGUGGAGCUGCUUCGCGGCAUCAUGUUCUUCCCUUUCUUUAACAAGUGGACUUGGGUUAAUUCUACUAAGCUCAUGUUCGCCAUGCAGGCGAUCAAGUUAGAACCCGAACGAAAAUAA